AUGUCAGGCCAUCACCACCACGAUCAUGGCCCUGGAGGUCACUGUCACGACGAAGGCCACGACCAUUCCGAUGACAUCACUCCAGCUCUGCAAUCACUCUUGUACUCGCAGAUCCAGUUUGAGAUGGUGUCUACUCUGAACGAAUCUGUCUCCCGCGCCGGCGCCGCUAUUCUUCAAAAGCCGUGGACUGAAAGGUUGAGUGAGCAGCCUGAGCUCGAGAGCGAUGCCGACGAACAACUCCUGAUGCACAUUCCAUUUGCCGGGCAGGUCAAACUACAUUCGCUCCUAAUCUACACAGCGCCAACCCCAUCUGCGCCCAAGACACUCAAACUCUUCAAAAACCGAAACGAUAUCGACUUCUCCAUGGCAUCAGACCUCAAGCCCACCCAAACGAUCGAAGUACCUCAGCCUGUUCCGGGAACUGACGUCUUCGAGCUACCCCUCAGUCGCGCUUCGUGGAACGCCACUACAUCGAUUACUCUGUUUUUCGAGGACAAUUGGGGCGAUGAAGAGAUCACUAAAAUCGGGUAUUUGGGGUUCAAGGGACAGUUCAUGGCUUUGAACCGUGAGCCUGUGAGCGUGAUGUACGAGGCAGCUGCGAAUCCAAGUGAUCAUGUCGCUAUUCAGGGCGUACAUGGAAUUGGAGGAAGAAUUAUGCCAGGACAAUAG